AUGCUCUCGGACACACGAAACGUGAACUGGGGAGUCCUCGAUGGAGGGCCUUGGAAGGAGCAAAGUCGAUACCCUUGCGGAGAUGAAGCCUGCUUUGGUGCUUUCCUAUCCCUGAUUACCUUCGCUUUCGACCAGUGGGAGCGGGGCUGGAUGGAGACUCUGGAUGACAUUGACAUGGUCGUCGGAGUAGAAUUGAGUGACUCAAUGGAUGACAAAAAGUGGGAACGCUUGAUGUUUGACAACUCGUUCCGCCUCUCGAAGCUUUAUUUCACCGUCCUGCAGGUUUUACGAAUAGCCAGCUCGUGCAUUGAGGAAAGCGUCAGCGAUCUUAGGCUUGUCCAAGAAAAGUGGUCGAAUGCUGUGCAAUACGAGACGACUGAUGCCAGAAACGUAACUAGGGAACUCGAAGAGAUGGUGACUUCCAUGGAGGCCAAAAAGCAGAGGUUGCUCUCUCGCGUUGACAAGAAGGUUGAAGAACUACUAGGCGCCACAUCCCUUCGGGAAGCCACGAAAGCUAUGGCGCUAAAUCAGUAUAUCUACAUCUUUACCAUUGUCACCGUCGUUUACACGCCCGUUGGGUUCUUGGCUGCUUUCUGGGCCCUACCCUUUCUCAACAACCCUGAUGAUUCUGGAAUUGUUAGGACCCCUUCCGCGUUUGUGAGCACAUUUAUCGCUGUUCCUGUGGCAACUUAUGCAGUGUGUCUCAUCCUCGCCGCCUACUCUGCUAAGAAAAGAAAUUCUAUCUCGCUCUUAUUUGAGCUGCAGCGGUUCUUAUGGAGGCGAAGUUACAGACGGUGGCAGGAGGGAGAAGAGGAGGACUCUGACCACGAGGCUACCAGGGAUGUAUCGGCAUCUUCGUUAUCCGAUGUAUCAAAGGCGAAGAACUCAGCAAGCGUGCCGCCUGUAUAA